AUGGAGCGUGUGGAUCAAUAUAGAGAUCAAGCAGCGGUUCAAUGGGCGAGGAUACGCAACACAUACCAGCGGUAUUUGGAUAUCGCUACUCCACACACAGUGUAUAGAUGGGCUGCAACAUAUGUUUUGAUGUUUUUGUUUGCCUUAAGAAUCGUGCUAUGCGAAGGGUGGUACAUUGUUUGCUAUACUUGGGCUAUCUACCUAUUAAGCAUGCUGCUGCAAUUCUUGACACCUAAGUUCGAUCCGUCAUUGGAGCAAGAAUACGAAAACGAGUCCAUUGAAGAGGGCACAGCGAAAAUGACUGACAAGGAUGAUGAGUUUAGGCCGUUCAUCAGAAGACUUCCCGAGUUCAGAUUUUGGUUGAAUGCCACCAGAGGUACAGUUAUAGCUUUGGUCUGCUCACUGUUCAGAGUGUUUGAUAUUCCUGUCUUUUGGCCUAUCCUUUUGAUAUACUUUGUGAUCUUGUUCACUUUGACCAUGAGGAGACAAAUUCAACACAUGAUCAAGUACAGAUAUCUUCCGUUUGACAUUGGAAAAGCACGCUAUGGGCGUAAGUGAGCUCUCACGUGAACAAUAUGUGCCCGUGGAAAAUCAGGUAAACAAUAAAGCACCAUAUAGCAAGGAUGAUGCGCCCUUUUGUCGUGAGGACAAGAUAAAAAACGAAACUCAGUAUGUUGUCGUUAUAGUUCGCCAUGGCCCGAUAAUAGUUCCAUCGCUUCCGUGGUUUUAAAUCAAUCUCGUUAUUAGAAAGAUGAGUGAAUUUGUCCAUGAGGUACCCCUUGGAGUUUAUCAAAGACAUAGGGGCUUCUAAAGGUACAUCGAUUCUCAAGUAGACUGGAACGUGGUCGGACAGUUUUAUUAACCGAGCCGCGUCGUAUUUGAUGACGCGUUCCUUUGGCUCAUCCAACCCCAUCAAAUCUUCCUCGAGGCCUUUGUAAUCCAGAUAUAAUAUUCUAUCGCACCAAGAAGGAGUCCUUUUAUAGUUGUAGGUCGAUGUGCCCGUUUUGAACUUAUAUGUAGGAAGAAACUUGAUUUCUGGCUCCUUAAAUCCCCACAAUAUUCUGCCAGAAGACCGCAUGAUAUUGAGCUCGUCUAGUUCCAUGCCAGAGCGUUCUUCAUCCGAGUUUGCAGCAAAAUGGUAUGCACCUGUUUUCCUAUAAUUUAGGUCCCCCAUGAUAAAGCAAUGUGAAUUAGGUUUAUGCAUGCCGAAGCCAUCCUGGAAACUGAGUCCGUGUAAUAUGCUAUCAAGGUCAGCGUUUCUUCUCAUCAGAUAUUUAACACCUUCGUUGGCAGCCAAGUGGGCCACCACAAAUGUCAGUUCUGUCGUUUUGCCGUAUUCCGCUUCAUAUGUAACUCUCAGGCCCGUGGCUCCCUUGAUAUUUGUUAUAAAAUAUCCUAGGGGAACGUUUGCUGACCGUCUCACUUUUCGACAUUUGGACUUGUAUGGAGAAAUCAGAAUUAUUCCCACGUUGCCUACAUGGUUGAUCUCAAUCACCUCGAAGUUGAUCUGUGUUUUGGCCACCAUGCUGUCCAACAAUAAGUUGCUCAACGCCAAGAGCUUGAUAUUGAUGGUGUAUGGGCUCGUCCCCUCGCUGAUGGACGCAAUUUCUUGGAAACCAAACACCAGCAGAUCAGGCACGCGCCCGUCACUCUGUUCAAUCAAGUUGGCUAUGUCUUCACCAAACUCGGGCACAAUUGGCGUUUUCUUGCCGCAAUUAUAGGUAAAUAGGAACAGAGACAGAGACAUCAGG